AUGCACAGUGACGCACUGAAGUCGCUUUUUAGUUUUUGCUGCUUCUCACGCCGUUCAUAUACACCGAUAUAUAAAGCAGACGAUGCAACAGAUCGCUUAGCUCCGAUACGACAUACCGAUGAGCUUCGGACUCUAUGGACGCGCCAAAUACCAAUCCCAUCGCUUGGGCAUGCAAUUAGGGCUUGGCUACGAUUCGGCAAUGACCCUGUAUUGCAUACCGCCUUACCAACCCGCCAUUGCUCGGGCUACUUUGGGAGUGAGUUGGAGACAACGAAAAGUGAUGAAAAGGUUUUUUCAUCACCUUUUGCCUAUGUAGAGGACUAUAUGGGCACAAAUUUAGUUCGUGAUGAUCCGGUACAUAUUAAAGAAAGUGUUGCUGUCUGGAGAGAAUUUUUCGAUAAAAAGUUUCUAACACGUCUGAGGCAGUCUCGCCGGACGUCUUUAAACUUUAUCGGUCGCUUGAAUGGACCAGAAGUUUUCACAGACGAAGCAGACCAGCCAAACACCAGAUGGGUGAGCGAUACACAUUUCCAAGAAAUGGCUUACCUUGUUGAAACACAUCUGAAGGAGAAGGUCACAAAUCCUCUACAACUUGAAGAGAUUUUGUGGUACAGGUCGGAUGUCAGCGCGUUUCUUGCAUUUUUUCUAGCUUACCAUCGGGGAACCGCGACCCGCAUCCCUAUGCCCGUACCAUCGGUUUGGGUCUAUGAAGGCGAUGCUCGUAGGCAGUGGGCAGAAAAGUACUUACCAGUUGCCCACGCCGCACAUACUUUUUUUAAUCAGGUUCUUGCUGGUGAUUUAAAGAAGUUUGAUUCGCCGGCUGAACUGCUCAAGAGGGUUGCGUCUGCAUUUCGACAAGUUCAUGCAGUGCAAUUACGCAGACGUGAGCGACAGCAGCGAUUAGGUAUCUUCUGUGCAAACGGAUGGUCUGAGGCAACUGCAGCGGAGAAGGACACGUGGACUGCGAAUGAGGUGGAGCGUUGGCAACGAAGCGUUCAGGAAGGGAUUUUUGAUCCAGAGGACCUCCUCGAGUUAUCUGACGUCGAUGCAAUGAGUGAGUGGUCGAAAGAGAAUGAGGCUAUUCAAGAAAUCCUCGAUGCGCGUGUUAAGGACUGUUCCUUUACACUCCAAGAUUUCUGGAUACACACAAUUCGUCGUGAAGCUCUGGAGACAGAGCAUAUUUUGCUAAACGAGCGAUUGUGUGAGAUUGACGCAGCUUCCCGACGAGCGCUGUACGACUCCGCCGAGUCCUAUCGCUCAAUUCUUGACGCGUUGGAAGAAAGCAUCGCGAAAGGCUGGCUUGACAUGCGCGCGACGGUGUUUCACCCCCACCCGAACUCAGUGUGGUGUGCCCUUCACUACGCGAAGUUUGGCGCUUCCUCAAUCGUCCAACACACCCACACGGCUCAACGCCAGCUCCUUUUUCACCACGCCAGCUCUUUGCCGGAGGUCGCAGCGGCCGCCCUGCUGUAUUACCGCACCAAACCUCGUAGUGAGCAACUGGACUACGCCUCACCGCGGACGCUACGCCACUCCCUGACGUGGCUCUGCACGACCUACGCGUUGGAUCUGACGCGCGCUACGCAGCGACCCAUCCUCGCCAGCGCGGACCACCUCGCGAAGGCCGAGGACGUUAUUCAACGUCUGGCGCUGCAUCUGGCCUGCCCAUUCGGGCGGCGCCGCCGCGUCCAUCACGCCCAAGCGCGUCAGCGAAACCAACGGCUCCUCCCCCCGCUGACGGCGGUGGUGGUGACCGAAGUCCCGCCGGAGCGUCUCCAGGCCAGUGCGGAUGCGGCGGAGGGAUCGGCAUCCGGGCCGAUCGCAACAUGGCCGAUGGGCUCGCGAAAGGCGGUGUACUACCACUGGGUGACACCUUUCUUAGAAAAGCUUCGCCUGGCGCGGCAGGCUUCGCGCAAUUGGGGGAGUCACUCUGAGGGCCUGACCAAAGAACACAUGGACGAGUUGCAGUCACUACGUCAACAAGGUGUGCUGGAACUGUCGCUCUGGAGAAAACAAACGCAAACGGAGGUCCAAGCCACAAAGAACCAGGUAGAACAUGAAGAAAAGGAACUGAUGAAGUUAACAGAGGCAGUCCCAGAGCUCAAAGAGAUCGCCGAGUACACCAAAGCGCUUUACACACGACUUAAUAGAGAAGAGGUGGCUGUGAACCACACCGCGGAAACGAUUUAUUCCGCUGAGAACAAAAUAGAUGAAGAUGAGGAAUGGGUUUUUGCACUCAUGUUGGAUGAUAAGGCACCUCUCAAUGAAGAAGAAGUCCGAGAGGUGUAUUUACCCUUUACAAACAGCACUGGGAAAGCGCUGGAGGAGGGCGAGUAUCGUGUACGCGUGCGCGCUCGUGACACUGAAACCAACCCCACUGGCCAUCCCACGCUGUAUAGUGAGGCUUAUUCCAAUCCCUUUAAGAUCAAGGACACUCUUACAGAGCUUCUAGAGGAGUUUGUUCGAAUUACCCCCGGCAAUAGUUCACAUGAUGUUGGUGCAAAGUGUCAUAGCCAAGAUAGGCGCAUUUCAGGCGAACAUUUAAUUGCCCUCUGUCAAUUUCUGCGCGAGAAGGGUGGUCUUGACGUUCCUUUGUACUUAGAGUUUGACGUUGGGCAAGGACUGGAUGCGAAGGGGACCUUCUCGCUCGAACGGCUCAGUAGGUUGCUCCGGGGAAAUGCCUACCACCGAAGCCUGGCGGAGGAUGACAUCACGGACGUCCAGCGUCAUGCGGAGCCGGGGUGUCGUGCGCAUUGGGCGCUUUACCACGCCGGCGCCAACGAGGAGGAGUGGUGGUGCGCCCGGCGCGCAGUCUUGGACGAGGCGAUGGCGCGGCAACGCGACUGGUGGCUUGAGGAUCCGAUAUUAAAAGUCGUCGAUCUCGCCUCCGGAAGCGUGGAUGGCAGUUUGAUGACUGACUCGUACGCCGCGACGAUGCGCUAUGGGACGGAGUUGUGCACGAUCUUGCAAGCUGAUGGAAGCACCCACGAGGAUGAUCGGCUUCCUGUCGCACCAGGCGUCGUGGAUAGGGAAUUUCGGGCCGAUUGCACGGUGGACGGCACGGGCGGAAUCAUCUCGCUUUGUUUGGGCGACGGACGACGCACCGCUGCCGAGUCCAUUACGAUAGAUCAGGCGCUCGCCGCUGCCCUGACGGCGACGCAGCGUGCCCAGGAUCGACACCGCACCCUAAGCACGUUUAAACUAGGGCCAAUGGAAAAGCAGGCCCAAACGCUUAAUUUUUGUGGCAUCUAUUCCAGUGAAAUGGGCGGCAAGUACGCGCGGACUUUUUGCUACGCCUUGGGCAAGGCCAAGGAGGAAUUGUCAGAGGUAGCGACAGUUGGACGACGCGCCCUCGGCACGGAGGAUCUCGACACCGAGCGCCGUUCUGAGCAGACCACGGUGGAUCGCUUUGCCUCAGACACUCACCCCGAGCAGCGCAAGAGGCUCUUCAAACCACGCAUGACUCUUAGUGGCACCAAGCUGGACGAUCCAACGCCGGAUCAAACCAGCACCUGGGGACGAUAG